GCAUUCGCUGCGACGCGCACCCGUGGCCGCAGCGCAAUUAAAGUCUCUUUGUCGUAUGGCCUCGCCUUUUUCAUUGACCUCUCCUAUGGGUUUGAUAGCGUCUUGGUCUGUUCCGUGGGCUACUUGUCCAGCUACGGCUCACAAUACGCCGGGGGCUCCUUAAGACGGGCCACCUCCCGUGGCGUGGGUGUCGCUGCUGGCGCAACUGUCGGCAGCUUGCUGCGACACUUGAGCCUCGCGGAGGAGGGAGCUUUACCCGUGACGCUCGCCUGCAUCGGCGUGUGGGCCUUUGCUACGAUGCUCGUCUACUUCCGCAAGGGCCCUUACGCCUAUGUGGGCUUCUGCGCAGCCUUCACAGCCAUCAAGUUCCUAUCUUGCCUUCCUGGCAGCAGCAUGCAACUUGCCACAACCGUCACCUCCACGAUGUAUGCCUGCCUCCUUGCUGCAGUGGUGGAGCUGACGGUGCUGCCUGUGGAUGCUCGGGAUCUUCUGCAGUUCCGGGUUGCUUCGAGUCUUCUGGGCAUGUCCUUGGUUCUCCCUGCGCUGGCCACGGCGGACGGGAGCCAGCAGGUGACAAUGCCCUCGAAGGGCGUGGACACCUCCAUCAGCUCCAUAAGCUUCACAGGAAGGAAAGGCGUGACUGCCGUGCCUGUUCCUUUGCCAGACCUCACGGACCGGCUGAGGGAGCUUGGGGCCUAUGAGAAGUACCUGGAGUGGCGAGAUGGCUACCUCCGCUGGCGGCAGGGUAACCAUCGCGGUUCCAAGGGCGAGGUCACGGAAAGCGAGGCGAACGGGCUUCCACCGAAAGGAG